AUGGGAGGAGGUGGUAGCCCAGGCUGGUGUGCCAAGCACAUAAAAUCAAUCAUGAAUAUCGGUCCCGCAUUUCUUGGUGUUCCGAAAGCUGUCGGUAACAUAUUGUCGGCCGAGAGCAAAGAUGUUGCUUUUAUCAGAGCAAUGGCUCCCGGUCUUCUAGAUUCCGAAAUUCUCGGCCUUCAAACUCUACAUCAUGUCAUGCGUGUAUCUCGAACAUGGGAUUCUGUCAUUUCUUUGAUACCUAAAGGAGGAGAGACGAUAUGGGGUAACUUGGAUUGGUCUCCGGAAGAACAUCAUGUAUGUGAUUCAGCAAAGAAAAAGUAUCAGCAAGAUUUUGACAACAAUGGCAAUAACAGUGACAGUCGAAGGAUUUUCCAAGUACAAGAGCCAACUAAAUAUGGAAGAAUUAUCUCAUUUGGGAAAAUAGUAUCGGAUUUGCCUUCUUCUCUACUCCCGACUCUUACUUCCAAGAAACAGGAAUUUAUGAGCCUUAAUGGCUCUUCAAAUUCCAAUGCAGCAUGUAGAGGUGUAUGGACGGAAUAUGAGGAGAUGAGCCGGGAAAACAUCCGGAGAAUCGCUGAAAACAAAGCAUAUACCACGAAAAGCCUGUUAGAUCUUCUACGCGUUAUUGCUCCGAAGAUGAUGAAGAGGGCUGAAGCGCACUUCUCACAUGGGAUAGCCGGGGACCUUGACGAUCCAAAGUAUAACCAUUACAAAUACUGGUCGAAUCCACUUGAAACCAAGUUGCCAGACGCUCCGGACAUGGAGAUUUACUGUUCAUAUGGAGUCGGAAUUCCCACUGAAAGAUCGUACGUGUACAAACAAUCACCCUCAGGCAGGUGCAAUAGCAUCCCUUUCCAAAUCGAUAGCUCUGCAGACGGAAGUGACAAUGGCUGCUUAAAGGGUGGUGUAUUCUUUGUGGAUGGUGAUGAGAGCGUCCCAGUCUUGAGUGCCGGUUUCUUGUGUGCCAAAGGGUGGAGAGGUAAAACACGGUUUAAUCCUUCCGGAAUUUCUACAUACAUAAGAGAGUACAGGCACAAAGCACCGGCAAAUUUGCUCGAGGGGAGAGGUUCAGAGAGUGGUGCACAUGUUGAUAUAUUGGGAAAUGUUGCCUUGAUCGAAGACGUGCUCCGAGUAGCUGCUGGAGCCUCGGGUUCAGAGUUGGGACGAGACAGAAUAUAUUCGGAUAUCAUGAAAAUGUCCAAGAAAAUAAAUAUUCCACUUUGA